UUGAGUGCAAACAACUUGUCGGAACACUCUCUAUUUUAAAGUCGAUGGAACACACACAAAGGGAGCUAACAUCUCCUCGGUGCUCCAGGGACUCAAAGCUGCAAGUCAAUUUGGGAACGUCAACGAGUCGGCAACAUCCGGCAUUUAUCCGAUCAAAUGUGCUCUUGGCCGUUUUUAUGAUAGUAUGCUUAAUUCAAACAUUACAAUGUACUUCAAUACCAAAAGUCGUAAAGAAGCCUGCCGGUGCAGGCGUUGGUGCUGUUCCUGAAGAGGGUGGAACCGUUGGUAACGAAACCGCAGCAGGCGGAACUGCAGGUGGUGGAACUGGAGCUGGUGGGACUGGAGCUGGUGGAACUGGAGCUGGUGGAACUGGAGGUGGUGGAACUGGAGGUGGCGGAGUCACCCAGGGCGGCAAUCAGCCAAUAGGGAAUAACCAAAACCUGCUUAACCUGAUUAUCAACCUCCUUAAUAAUUUAUUGGGGAAUGGCAACAACCAAUGUGGAAGUGGAGGUUGCGGACCCAUAGGAAGCGGAACCUUAGGUAACGAAACCAUAGGUAACGGAACCGUAGGUGGUGGAAAUGGAGAUGUUGGAGUCGCCCAGUGCUGCAACCUGCUAGCCGUCGUUUUAGGAAAUAACAACAACCUGAGUAACCUCCUUAACAAUAUAUUAAGGGUUGUUAGCAACCUCCUUCAAAACUUGGGGCAAACCCUUUUAGGGAAUAACAACAACUCAGGUAACCUGCUCGGCAAUUUACUUGGGAACGUUAAAAACCUGCUCCAAAACCUACUUGGUAACGGUAGCAACCCCAUUAACAAUUUGGGUGGCAAUAACAACAACCUGAGUAACCCCCUUAAUGAUUUAUUAAGUGAUGUUAUCAACCUGCUCCGAAGUCUACUUGGGAAUGGUAAAAACACCAAUAACAGUUUGGGUGGCAAUAACAACAACCUGGGUAACCCACUUAACAAUUUACUUGGGGGCAUUGGCAACCUGCUCCAAAACGUGAUUAACGCCCUAAUAGGGAAUAAAUCCGAUUACAAUAGUUAGGGGCGGUAAUGGAAACAACGUAAAAGAUGUAAUGGAUUACAUGGAUUACUUGAACAACCUUUUAAAUGGUCUCUUUAUCUUUCUAAUAGAUUCGGCUUU